UCCGGGAGCUCUGGGCCUGCUGUGAGUUCGCGGCCUGUGCGUCACCUGGGGCCCUGGCGCGGAGCCGCCCGGCCGGGGUGUCAGGGAGAGGGGCGGAUCCGCUGACCCAGCCUGCGGACCCGGGAUGCCUGGGGAAGCCGUGACCCCGAGGAUGGCCCCGGAGGAGGUGCGGGCCAGGGUGGAGGCCGCCCACGGCCUCACCGACCCGGCCCAAAAGCUCCACUUCUAUGACCGUUGGGCUCAGGACUAUGACCAGGACGUGGCCGCCCUGCAGUACCGAGCCCCCCGCCUUGCAGUGGACUGUCUCAUAAACACUUGUCCAGGCCUGGCUCCUGAGUCCCUGAUCCUGGACGUGGCCUGCGGCACUGGCCUGGUAGCUUCCCAGCUUCAGGCCCGAGGCUUCCUUCAGCUGCAUGGGGUGGAUGGCAGUCCAGAGAUGCUCAAGCAGGCUCAAGCCCGUGGCCUCUACCAGAAGCUCAGCCUCUGCACCCUGGGCCAGGAGCCUCUGCCCAGCCCUGAAGGGACCUUCGAUGCUGUUCUCAUAGUGGGCGCCCUCAGCCACGGCCAAGUGCCCUGCACUGUGAUACCAGAGCUCCUACGAGUCACGAAGCCAGGCGGGCUGGUGUGCCUGACCACCCGGACCAACCCAUCUAACCUUCCCUACAAGGAGGCGCUGGAGGCCUCCCUGGACCAGCUGGAGCGGGCUGGGGCAUGGGAAUGCCUGGUAGCCCAGCCAGUAGACCACUGGGAGCUGGCCACCUCCGAGCGGGAGGUGGCUCCCAGAGCCCUGGCCCAGGAUGGCUUCAUUUCUGGCAUCAUCUACCUGUACCGGAAGGCCUACCCCCAGCCUUCUGCUGACCUCUGACCCUCCACCUGAUCUGGCCAUCCUCACCGGUUACCCCACCCCUGGCUGGCAAAGGCUCCCCCUAUUAAAUGCAUCCCCAGGGGAUGAAAUACCC